AUGUCUGCGAAGACGGCAGACGCCUCCCGGCCUCGUGCUGGUGACACCAAGAAGGUUCACAUUGCCGACACCGCCAUGACACGGAAUAACUGGUAUAAGCAUGUUAACUGGUUGAAUGUGUUCCUCAUCAUCGGUAUUCCUGUGUAUGGAUGCGUUCAGGCUUUCUGGGUGCCCUUGCAACUCAAGACUGCUAUCUGGGCGGUCCUCUAUUACUUCUUCACCGGUCUAGGAAUCACAGCAGGAUACCAUCGUCUGUGGGCUCACUGUUCUUAUUCCGCUCGUCUUCCUCUCCGCAUCUGGCUUGCGGCUGUUGGCGGUGGUGCCGUGGAAGGUUCUAUCCGUUGGUGGGCUCGUGACCACCGCGCUCACCACCGUUAUACCGAUACCGACAAGGAUCCCUACUCGGUCCGCAAGGGCUUGCUCUACUCCCACCUUGGCUGGAUGGUCAUGAAGCAGAACCCCAAGCGUAUCGGCCGUACCGAUAUCUCCGACCUGAACGAAGACCCUGUCGUGGUGUGGCAACACCGCAACUACCUUAAGGUCGUUUUCACCAUGGGCUUGUUUGUUCCUAUGCUCGUGGCUGGUCUGGGCUGGGGUGACUGGUGGGGUGGCUUUGUUUAUGCGGGAAUUCUCCGUAUCUUCUUCGUCCAGCAGGCUACCUUCUGUGUCAACUCCUUGGCUCACUGGCUCGGUGAUCAGCCUUUCGAUGACCGCAACUCUCCUCGUGACCAUGUCAUUACUGCCCUCGUCACUCUGGGCGAAGGCUAUCACAACUUCCACCACGAAUUCCCCUCUGACUACCGGAACGCUAUUGAAUGGCACCAGUAUGACCCAACCAAGUGGAGCAUCUGGAUCUGGAAGCAGCUCGGUUUGGCCUAUGACCUCAAGCAGUUCCGCGCCAACGAGAUCGAGAAGGGCCGUGUUCAGCAGCUCCAGAAGAAGCUCGACCAGAAGCGUGCCAAGUUGGACUGGGGUGUCCCUCUCGACCAGCUGCCCGUUAUGGAAUGGGAUGACUACGUUGAGCAGGCCAAGAACGGCCGCGGAUUGGUGGCUAUCGCCGGUGUUGUUCACGAUGUGACUGAUUUCAUCAAGGACCACCCCGGCGGCAAGGCCAUGAUCAACUCUGGUAUUGGCAAGGAUGCCACCGCUAUGUUCAACGGCGGUGUCUACUACCACUCCAACGCUGCGCACAACUUACUGUCAACCAUGCGAGUUGGUGUGAUUCGUGGUGGUUGUGAAGUCGAGAUCUGGAAGCGCGCUCAGAAGGAGGGCAGCGAAUACGUCCGUGACGGCGCCGGUCAGCGGGUCAUCCGCGCUGGUGAGCAGGUUACGAAGAUUCCCGAGCCCAUCCCCACUGCUGAUGCAGCAUGA